AUGAAGGUCGGCAAGCCCAAAUCCAAGCGAGUGCCUGUACGCCUCCGACAUAAGAUCCAGAAAGCGUCAGCGAACAAACAGCGCAAAGAGCGAAAAGACGCAAAGAAGAACCCGCAAUGGCGGUCACGUCUGAAGAAAGAUCCUGGCAUUCCAAACCUGUUCCCGUACAAAGAGAAGGUUCUCGCUGAGAUCGAGGAGAGCAAGAGAAAGAAGGAAGAGGAGAAGCUGAGAAGAAUUGCAGUUGCGAAGGCGCAGCGAGAAGGGCGCAAGGUCGAGACUGCCAGCGAGGCGAUGGAGCACGACGGUGAAGAUGAGGAUGGGGAGUUGCCGGACCCCGAAGACGACGUCGAGGGGGAAGGAGCUGAUGGUGAUGAGAUGGAGGAAGACACAAAUCCCAUGGCUGCGCUCUUGGCUUCUGCGCAAGCUCGCGCGCAAACUUUCCAAGCAGAUGAUGUCGAUGAGGAGCACGAGGAUGGCGAUGAUGGAGAUGAUGACGAGGAAGUGGCCGCGCCGGAGAAUACCAAAAGGACAAUUCAAUCGAAGAACACCACAGCACCAGCACGAAAGGAGCUUCCGAAGCAAGCACUAGCCGAUCCCAUCAAAACAGUCACCAAGCUCCUCGACAGACUGCAAAGGACGCAAGAAGGCCUCCAGCAACUCCUCGAUUACUACCAGCUCCCACCUCUCGUCACAGCCGGCAGUGACACCACAACCCGAUUACUGGUCGAUGUGGCGCGCAAGCGUGGACGCCUGGGACGGGGUGGCAUCCCAAACCUCAACGCCGCAGCAUUGACAGUCCUGUCAGAUGUCAACGACGACCGCCUCAAACUGCCAGCGCUGUCGCAGCAGCCCUUGACAACAUCACAAGCAGCAGCGAACAAGAGCAAAGUGCAAAUUGUCACAGAACUAGCGCAACCAUUCCGAAUCGAAGGACUGUUUGGCGAUUCUUUGAAGGAAGAGGGCAGUCGCGAUGCCGGGGCCAUGGACAUCGAAACAUGA